ACCACGAGAAGCUAAAGAGUGCGGCAGGUUUGUUUGCGCUUGCAUUGUUUACAUUUAUUGUGAUACAACUAAUUGGAUUUUUACAUGGUAUACAGUAGAGCAUUUUGCAUAUUCAGGAGUGGUCUGACUUUGAAGAACGAUGCUACGGAGAUUUUUUACUCUCAUGUGGUCAGUCCGGUGCAGGAUGCUCAGAGCAACGCGUCUCUGAAUCGCGCGCGCUCCGGUGGAAGAGGCUUCACAGCGCAAGAGAGAGAACGAAUUCCAGUCGGCUGCAGAGAGCUGCGAUCCACAAAGUACAUCUCCGAUGGCCAGUGCACCAGCAUAAACCCUGUUAAGGAACUGGUGUGCACAGGACAGUGUCUUCCAGCUCAGAUGCUGCCCAACUGGAUCGGCGGAUAUGGUAGGAAGUUCUGGAACCGCCGAAACAGUCAGGACUGGCGCUGCGUGAACGACAAAACCCGGACCCAACGGAUUCAGCUCCAGUGUCAGGAUGGCAGCACCAGGACCUACAAGAUCACAGUGGUGACCUCCUGCAAAUGCAAAAGAUACACAAGACAGCACAACGAAUCGGGGGUCAAGUCUGAGGGAUACGCUCAUACCCAGAUAAAAAAGCAAAAGAACAAAGGGGGCACCAGGACGGAAAGCUAAAUGAGGCUGUGCUCGGACUGAGCUAGAUUUUUCCUUUUAAAAGAACUCAAUAUGAACGAGACAGCUUGUGACGUCAGCUCACAGGAGCACUGAACUUUCUUUGUGCUGCCUUUGAGAGCAAGUGUAGGGCUCUGAGUUCACUGUGAAACCAGAUGUCCACUGCAGUCUUUGGAAAGAAGAGAAAAUAAAGACUAAAUCUCAUCACCAAUAUAAUCUCAAUCAACAUGCAGCGAGUAGUGAAGACCUGUCCAUUAUAACGUCAAAGAGACUGACUAUGACAACUGCAUAUUACAUUACAAAUAUGGUUUUUGUCGUCACUGCUUGAUAUGUGUGGUAAUCACUUGCUGUGGUAUAUACUGUAAAGGUCAUUGCACACUGAGUCUGAAAUUUUUGCACGUUAAAAAAUAAAUACGACCUCACGUUGUGUCAAUCACAUUUACAUUACACUGCCUCCAAAACUUUCGUCUGUCGUAAAAAAACUAUUCGGAUCAGGUUUGAUUUUCUGCAUUUUCACAUCCUUAGCAUGCAUUUUGAUAGGAAACGAUGAGGAAUACGAAAAAACGGGAAAAUGCACGCGAAAAUUUCGGACUCAGUGUGCAGUGACCUUUAGUCUUUGUGUUCAGCGACAAUAAUAGCAGUUCUCAAACCCGGGAAAUGCAUAGCUACAUGUAAAUUAAAUGUCUGUACAUAUACAUAUGCAAUUGUUUAUGUAAUUGAUUGUUUUGCUGGACCUUUAUGUGUAAUUUUGUGACGUAUAAGCUGAUGUAAUGUAUUUUGCCUUGACUUUGCUUUGCCUUUGAAACAUUUUUAAUUUGUGCAAGCAUUAUUCAGACAAAGAUAUUGCACUAUAGUGACAAUGCUCACAUUGGCUAUUAUGGUGUAAAAGCAUUAAAAUUAAAACAUC